ACUUCAAUAACCCAACCCGGAGUUCGGCUUUGUCUCGAUCUCAUACCGUGUCGACUCCCCGUCUCCGCUUCGCCCAAACGCCGUUGAGGCGUCGACAGGUUUCCGUCUCUUCCGCGAACGAAGCAAGCGACCGUCAAGAGAGGCUUCGUUUUUUUGCUGUUCAGAUAAGGUGAAGGCUCACUGAAGGGAAACAGAUAUGAGAAACUUGGGUUUCCAAUGGGGAAGGAACCUUGUUCGAAGGUACUACCAGAGAUAUGAUUUUCUCAUCUCCUCUUCUUCAAUCCCGGUUCUCCGCUUGCAUCCUUUGCAACCUUCUAUAUCCAGAGGGUUAUUUCUAUCAGCUCAACAAGCAUACUCCACUGAAUCACAUUCUGAGCUUCCAGUUGACCUCCUGAGGAUUAUGGAACAGAGAAUGAUAGCAAUUGAACAGAGAAGUUCCUACCUUCAAGAGCAAAUUAACCAGGCAACGGUCUCGGCAGUUGAUUAUUCAAGAGCUAAUAAAGAGCUUCGAAAACUUGGAAGCUCGAUGGAAUUAAUAAAGGAGCUAAGAACCAAAGAGAAGGAGAUUGAUGGUCUUAAAUCAGUGAUGUCUGACUGUGUUGAAGACAAAGACAUGUGGAACAUGGCUGAUGAGGAAUUAGCUCAAGCUUUAGUGGAGGAGAGAAGAUUGCAACAUUUACUUCUUAAAUCAUUGCUUCCAAAGGAUGAUGCUGAUGAGAGAGAUUGCAUAUUGGAGGUGAGAGCAGGGACUGGUGGUGAAGAAGCCUCAUUGUUUGCAAUGGACAUAUUCAAAAUGUAUGAAAAAUACUCGCAAAAGAGGGGCUGGAAAUUUGAUGUUAUAGACAUUAUGGAGUCUGAUUUAAAAGGAUAUAAGGAAGCUAGUGGAACAAUAUCUGGACCUCGUGCAUAUGGUAGACUGAAAUUUGAGAGUGGGGUUCACAGAGUUCAGAGAGUUCCAGUGACAGAGAAAUCUGGUCGUGUGCAUACGAGUGCAGUAUCCAUUGCUAUACUUCCUCAGGCUGAUGAGGUCGAUGUCCAGCUUCGAAAUGAAGACUUGAAGAUUGAUACUUAUAGAUCUGGUGGUUCUGGAGGUCAAUCUGUAAACACCACAAACAGUGCCGUCAGGAUUAUGCAUAUUCCAACGGGAAUUACUGUUGCAAUACAAGAUGAAAGAUCACAACACAUGAACAAAGCUAAAGCGCUCAAAGUAUUGCGUGCAAGGCUGUAUGAAAUGGAGAGGUCUAGACUUCAAAGGAGCAGAUCAAAACUUCGGGCAGAGCAGAUUGGAAGUGGUGACAGGUCUGAGCGGAUCCGGACAUAUAAUUUUCCUCAGGGUCGAGUCACCGAUCACCGUGUUGGGAUCACCCAUCACUCGAUAGAAGAUGUCAUGGAGGGAGAGAGCCUAGACAUGUUCGUCGAUGCUCUUCUUUUGCAAGAGGAGAUGGAUGCCAUUGCCUCGUUUGGCACUCAGUGAUUCAGAUAUGGUUUUUUUAGCUGCUUCCAGAAAUCCAAAGAAUGCUUGUAGGUUUCGGCUACAGUCGAUUCUGUAAAUUUAGGUGGCUGAAGUAAGAAAAAGUAGUGUGUUGCAAUCAACAUUAGACCUUAUCUUUUAUUUGUGAAUCUACAAACAAACUUUUAUUUAUGAA